AAUUAAAACCCAGUAUAUAAUAAGAUUAGUUUCACUAUUGACAACUGAAAAACCACCUCUGAGACCAAGGAGAGAAACAGAGAUAUAAUAAAUCUGAGAAUCUUCCAUGAGAAUGAGAGGGUGAAGGUCUCAACACCCGAGAUAGUGGAUUCCUCUAAUCCAAGUCAGAAAAAUUCCUCUCAUAUCCUGGAAUAAGAUUCUUGCUUUUGCUCCACGGACAAAUCCGAAUGCAAACAACUUAAAAAACUCAGGGGGAUCAAUAAAUGCAAACUGUGAAUGCAUUUGAAGAGUUAAUGUGAUGAGGAAUUCAAGUAGGUAGCACUUAUAACAGAAAGUGGAGUUUGAGGAGAGGCCCCACAAUUAAGCAAAGUAGGAAGCAAUCUCUCUUUUCAAGUCACUGUGAAUAUUAGAUUGGGUCAGGUCUUCCAUCAAACCUAUCCAAGAUUCUAUGCCUCACUGGCUUCCCAGCCCCAUUUGGCUUUAUAAAAGCCAGCUUCAGCAUAUUUGGCUUGUGAGCAUAAACCAAAGGAGAAAAGAGAGGAGAGAGGCAAGGGAAGUUGAAGAAAAUUUUGCCUACAAGUAUUAGGACGUGGGAUUGUCCUCCAAGAACAUUGCAUAAUCAAGUGCAGCAUUUUAGGGAGUAGCAGAUUGGAUCAAGAGAGAGAGAGAGAGAAAAUCAGAUAGAGAUGUAUCAUCAUCACCAACACCAAGGAAAGAGCAUCCACUCCUCCUCAAGAAUGCCAAUCCCUCCUGAAAGGCAUUUAUUGCUGCAAGGUGGCAAUGGCCCUGGAGAUUCUGGACUUGUCCUUUCAACUGAUGCAAAGCCUCGACUAAAAUGGACACCAGAUCUCCAUGAGCGGUUCAUAGAAGCAGUCAAUCAGCUUGGAGGAGCAGACAAAGCUACUCCAAAAACAGUUAUGAAACUUAUGGGGAUUCCAGGACUUACCUUGUAUCAUCUAAAGAGUCAUCUACAGAAGUACAGACUCAGCAAGAAUCUCCAUGGACAAGCUGUUAGUAGGAGCAGCAAAAUCGGUGCUAAUGCUGUGGCAGUUGAUAGAAUGUCUGAAGCAAAUGUUACUCAUUUAAACAAUUUAAGCAUUGGAACCCAAACAAACAAAAACUUACACAUCAGUGAAGCACUGCAAAUGCAAAUAGAAGUGCAGAGAAGACUACAAGAGCAGCUUGAGGUACAACGACAUCUGCAGCUUCGGAUAGAGGCUCAAGGAAAAUACCUACAAGCAGUGCUAGAGAAAGCACAGGAAACUCUUGGAAGGCAGAAUUUAGGUACGGUGGGACUUGAAGCUGCCAAAGUUCAACUGUCUGAACUAGUAUCCAAGGUAUCCGCUCAGUGCCUGAAUUCAGCAUUUUCAGAGCUGAAAGAACUGCAGGGUCUCUGCCCCCAGCAAACACAAACAACGCCACCCACAGAUUGUUCAAUUGACAGCUGCCUGACCUCCUGUGAAGGAUCCCAAAAGGAACAAGAAACACACAAUACUGGAAUGGGUUUGAGACCCUAUAACGGCAACGCUUUCUUGGAGUCAAAAGAAAUGGCAGAAGAUCACAUGCUACAUCCAACUGAACUCAAGUGGGUUGAAAACCUAAGAGAUAGCAAAAUGUUCCUUUCCCCAAUGGGAAACAAUACAGAAAGCAGAAUUUUUUCUACAGAAAGAAGCUCCAGUAAUUUGGCCAUGAGAGUUGGACUCCAAGGAGAAAGCGGCAAGGCAAGUACUAGCUUUACUGAGGAAAGAUACAAGGGAAGGAAUGAUGAUGACAAUUUCCCCGACCAGACUAACAAGAGGACAGAUUCAGUUAAGUUACAGCAUGAUAAUAUCUCAACAGGAUAUAGACUGCCUUACUUUGCAACAAAACUAGAUCUCAAUUCCCACGAUGAAAUUGAUGCUGCUUCAAAUUGCAAGCAGCUUGACUUGAAUGGUUUUAGCUGGAACUGAGGUGGUCCACUGGAAGAUUACACUUAAUGAGAAUAUUUCAGAAGAUGAGGCAUCUAAUUCUGCAUUUACAUCAGAGCAGGAGGAAGGUCAACAUGAAAACCUGCUGUGUGCUUGUCCAAACCAAGCCGCCUGGAAACAAUCGAUUCAAUUUCGAUGAAAUAAGUUGGACAGAAGUAGAGUGCAUUUUAGAACCAUGUUGUGUGAAUGGAUCCAACAUAUGUACUUAUGCUAUCUUAUAUGUCACUGAGAGUUAAUGAAUAGCCAAAAAAAAAAAAAAAAACAGCUGCCCAAAUGCUUAUUUCAUCAUCAAAAGUUCACAUUCAAAUUGAUCCAGUAAUCCUAGUUCAUUGUUCAUAAAAUAAAUGCUCAGAAAUUUCUUCUCUCUUA